GUGUCUGUGUAGCUGGGUAUGGACAGUCUGGAGGGAACGAGAUCCUGCAGCUGCUCCCACCGCCAACGCUGCAGGCGAAGGAGACCCAGGGCCUCUGUCCAGAGAGGGAUUUCAAGGUGGAAUGUGGUGGAUUUUCAAACCGCCCAGUCUACAGCCUGAAAUAUGUGCCGGACACCAGCUUGCUGGUGACGAGCGGCCCACCAGACAGCUCCCUCCAGGUCUGGCAGGUGUCAGCAGAGGACUCUGAUGUGAUUAAAUCUGUAAGCGCCAUACCUGCAGAAGACGGCACUGGGCAGCCUUGGGCUAAAAUUGCAACUGUUUCGACCAGAGCCCCGUGGGUCCUUCACGGCUCAAGACUCAAUAAUGUCCAAAUCACAGAGGUUGAAUCGAGAAAAAAUGUCUACAUGGCAGCCUCCAGAAACAGCGAGGAGCUCAGCGGCCUGGCCUUCCUGGAUUGCAGCACCUUGCUCCUGUGCUGUGCCAAGGGGCAGCUGUGCCUGGCUGACAUUCGGCAGCCCUUGGAGGCUGUGUCCGUCCCCUCGGCGCCGUGUGGCGAGCGGUGGUGCAUGGGAGUCGGGCGCGGACCUCAAGGCUCUGACUCAAGCUCCCGACCCGUAGCUUGCCUGUCGAGCGGAGGACACCUCACCCUGACAGAUGUAAGAAAAACUUCGGAGUCCAUGGCCUCAGCAAAGUGCAGAGUUCCUUCUCCCAGCUCAGGUGCGGAGUUCCUGUGCAUCUCCUGGGCUCCUGCUCUGGAAGGCUGCCUCGCCAUUUCAGGUUUUGAUGGGACCGUGCACGUGUAUGACGCGCGGAGCUGGGACAGCUCUGGCAGGGAAGCAGAGCCGAUCUUUGUUCACAAAGGCCACGCGUUCGGCAGGCCGGGCAGCAGCGGAAGCCCUCCCCUGGUCACAACGCACGCAUGGCAUCCGCAGAAACCAAGAACUUUAUUGUCAGCAGCAAGCGACGGUUCCCUGCACGUUUGGGACUGGGUUCAGUCUUGUGGGAAGUGUGGGUAG